AUGUCCUCUGCCCUCCUCCCCCACCUGACCCGCUUUACGGAGUUCAUAAACAGCGGCGACGUCGCCAUCGGAAAAGAAGUCAUCUCACCUAACGCGACCUUCCACGUCCCCUUCGGUGGGCCCCCUCUCCAAGGUCUCGACGGCUACCUCCAAAUCCUGGGCAUGAUGCGCAGCGCCUUCCCCGACAUCCAAUGGACGAUCAAAGAAACCAUUGCCGAAGGCGGCAAAAUCGUAUGUCGCUUCGAAACACGCGGUACACACAAUGGACCCUUUAUGGGCGUUGCUCCUACCGGAAAGAGCAUUUGCAUGACAGCACUCAACAUUUACCGGUUUGAGAAUGGCCAGAUUGUAGAGGAGUUGGGACAGCCUGAUAUCUUUGGACUGAUGGUGCAGAUUGGUGCUAUCCCUGUGCCAGGACCUUGA